AGUAGUGAGAAGCUUUUAAGAGUCCGACCCGCCCAAUUUAUUACAGUCCUAAAUUCUUUGCGUUUCAGGAAAGAACCCUAAACACACUCCAGUCGGCCGCCAUUCCCAGCACAUCUUCGAGCGGGAAACUCGUCAAUCAUCCUUGAGAAAGCUCUCUCCGACUUCGAUACCGAAAACUGACAUCCUUGAGAAAGUUCGCAUUUUGCUUCGCCAGAAACUUUACCGAAUCUGAUUACCAACAGCAAAAUGGAGGAGGAAAUAGCCAAAUCAGUUUCGGAGAUAUCAGUGGAUUCUUCCUCUGCAGUUUCUGGGAAAACCAUCAGCAAAAAUGCCCUCAAGAAGGAGUUGAAAAAUAAGCAGAAGGAAGAGGAAAGGCGGCGGAAAGAGGAGGAGAAAGCAAAGCAGGCUGCUGCUACAGCAAGCUCCCAGGUGAAGAAAUCUGUAGCUGCUGAUGAUGAAGACAUGGAUCCAACGCAAUACUUAGAAAACAGGAUAAAGUAUCUUGCUGCUCAGAAGGAAGAAGGUCGGAAUCCAUAUCCCCAUAAAUUUUUUGUGUCCUUGACUAUCCCUGAAUAUAUAGAGAAGUAUGGGGGCUUAAGCAAUGGAGAGCAUCAGGAAGAUGUCACGGUAUCUUUGGCUGGUCGAAUUAUGAGCAAACGGUCAUCCUCCUCAAAGCUCUUUUUCUACGAUUUACAUGGUGGUGGUGCUAAAGUUCAAGUUAUGGCUGAUGCAAGCAAGGCAGACUUGGAUGAAGCUGAAUUUUCAAAAUUCCAUUCUAGUGUGAAACGUGGAGAUAUCGUUGGUAUCACAGGUUUUCCAGGAAAAACUAAAAGAGGAGAGCUGAGCAUAUUUCCAAAAUCAUUUGUAGUCUUAUCCCAUUGUCUCCAUAUGAUGCCAAGGCAGAAAAGUGGUCCUGGUGUGGAUAAUGCCAACCUGAAGAAAACAUGGACCCCCGGAAGUACCAGGAAUCCUGAGGCAUAUACAUUAAAAGAUCAGGAAACUCGGUAUCGACAACGUUAUCUGGAUUUGAUGUUGAAUACGGAGGUUCAACAAAUAUUCAAGACCAGAUCUAAGGUCAUUUUAUACAUUAGAAGGUUUCUUGACAAUCUUGAUUUCUCGGAGGUUGAAACUCCAAUGAUGAACAUGAUUCCUGGGGGAGCAGCUGCCCGUCCCUUUGUAACCCACCACAAUGAGUUGAACAUGACACUUUAUAUGCGAAUUGCACCUGAACUCUAUCUUAAGCAAUUAGUUGUUGGUGGACUGGAUCGUGUAUAUGAGAUAGGAAAACAAUUUAGAAACGAGGGUAUAGAUUUGACACAUAAUCCUGAAUUCACUACCUGUGAAUUUUAUAUGGCUUUUGCGGACUACAAUGACUUGAUGGAGCUUACAGAGAGAUUGUUGAGUGGGAUGGUGAAGGAACUUACAGGUGGAUAUAAAAUUAAGUACCAUGCAAAUGGGCUUGAUAAGGACCCUAUUGAGAUUGACUUCACUCCCCCUUUCAGAAGGAUUGACAUGAUUGAGGAGUUAGAGAAGUUGGCGAAUCUCAAUAUCCCCAAGGACUUAUCCAGUGAUGAAGCUAACAAAUAUUUGAAGGAGGCAUGCUUGAAGUAUGAGAUCAAAUGUGCCCCACCUGAAACAACAACUCGGUUGUUGGACAAGCUUGUUGGACACUUUUUGGAAGAGACCUGUGUAAAUCCUGCUUUCAUCAUUAACCAUCCGGAGAUAAUGAGUCCUUUGGCAAAGUGGCAUAGAUCAAAACCUGGACUUACUGAACGAUUUGAAUUGUUUGUCAACAAGCAUGAACUUUGCAAUGCAUACACUGAAUUGAAUGAUCCCGUGGUACAAAGACAGCGGUUUGCUGAACAACUGAAGGAUCGGCAAUCAGGUGACGAUGAAGCAAUGGCUUUGGAUGAAACAUUUUGUACGGCUCUUGAAUAUGGGUUGCCUCCAACUGGUGGUUGGGGAUUGGGUAUCGACAGGCUGACUAUGUUGUUAACAGAUUCACAGAAUAUCAAGGAAGUGCUUCUCUUCCCUGCAAUGAAGCCUCAGGAUGAACCUCCUGCUAAAGGAGCUUAGGAAUUUUGGGGGACAUUGCACUAUAUGUAAAAGUUACAUGAUAUGGUUUUACAGAUUCAAACAGGUGGGUUUACCACCAUUUGUGUUAUAGGGUAGGCAAUUUUGUUUUUCCAUUCGUGUUUAUCAUUUGGAAAAGUGCUGACUUAAGCAGUACUUGAUAUUGCCCGUUUUUUAGCAAAUGCAUACUAAAUUAUUUAAUUAUUAAUUUAUAUUACUAUUUGCUGGAGACAGCAAACUCUA